GUUUGGCAGCUCAUUACACAAAUAUCCAGAUAGUUCAUAACUACACCUCCGUUCCUUCAUAUUCAGCCUUCAGUCUUCAGCCUUCAUCCUUCUGUGAGAACCAAAUACAGAAGAAAUUCCUAAUCAUGACUGGUACAGAUUAUUGUAAGUCUUUUGACCCCGCCUUCGCCUUCAUCUCAACUUUACUUAACCAGAUAUACAGAUGUUGUCCUUGGGGUUGCACCCUCUGCGACAGCAACCCAAGUUAGAGCUGCAUACAAGAAGUAAGUGCUCUUUUUCAUUGCCCUCCUUCGAGGCACUCUCCGACACCCAAAUCCAACCAUCUUUUUAGCAAUUAACAUAAUAUCCCUCACAGAGCAGCUCUUAGAACACACCCUGAUCGCGUCCCCUCAGACUCCCCCGAACGAGCAGAGCGAACCCGCAAAUUCCAAAUCAUAAACGACGCCUAUUACACUCUCUCUGACCCCACCAGACGCAAAGAAUACGACUCCGCGCGACAAGCCCACGGUUUCGGAUUCGGCUCUGGCGCCUCCACCGCAUCCACCGCCUUCGACUCGGACGAAGACAUCCCCAUUCCCGAUCCGGAACCCUCUGUCCCAGGCGGCUUCCCCUGGUCCUCCUUCGGCUUCUCGUCGAAAGCCAAGAACAAGGCCGAAGAGGAGAAGUUCGAGCGCGAGCAAUUCGGGGAUGUAUUUGAGGAGAUGUUGUGGGAGGAGGGGAUGGCUGAGAAUGGAGGGAAGCCUACGGGGUUGUUUUGGAGUGUGGUGGGCGGGUUGAGUGGUGGUGCGAUGGGGUUUAUUGUUGCAAAUUUUCCAGGGAUGGUUGCUGGUGCGGUUGCGGGCAAUAGACUGGGGAGUGUGAGGGAUGCGAAGGGGAAGAGUGUUUAUGCUGUUUUUCAGGAGUUGCCGCAGGCGGAUAAGGCGAGGCUUUUGAGUCAGCUUGCGCAGAAGGUUUUUAGUCAUGCUGUUGGGGCUAGCUAGAGGAGAGUCAAUGAGGAAAUGUGGAAGGCGUUUGGAUUUGGGAGUUGAUGAAGGAUUUGGGACACAGGACGUGAUAUCAAGAUGUUAUGGGAUCCAGUUCUUAGCUAUUCUCGAGUACGUAGUUAGAUAUCCAAUAAAUGAAAUUUGCAGCAGG